CUUCCCUUGACUGCUCAGACCAUCACAAUUGGUGUCAGAAGUGGGAUUUUUGCAGUCAGAGGUACAGGUUUAUUUUUUCUUUUUUGAUUAGUCCCUCCCCUGUUAUCAAGCCAUACACAGAACAGGAAGGAGUGCCAAAGGAUCAAAAGGAGAUCCUCAAAACCAGCCUGUUGGAAUGGAGGAGCAAGUUGGAGAAGAAAGUGGAGACUCUGGAGGGGUGGAAAGUAAAGAGGGUAAGGAGCCAACAAUAUCUGAAGUAAUUUCCAUUCUUCGUGCUCAUAUGGGCCAGCAGGAAGCCCAGGAAGCAAGACGAAGGGAGGAGUUUGAUCGGCAGGAACAGCGCUUCAGAGCACUACAACACCAAUUUCAGCUAUUACAGGUGGAAGUGCAAGCUCGUACCACCCCUGCUCCUGAGCCUCAAAUGGAUGAAUCACAAUCAGAUACAGGUGAUGAUGAUGAUGAUGAUCCUCCACAUGGCAGUAAUGAGCUAAGGGAUGCUCCCUCAGGUCAGUUUCACUUUCAUGAACCCAGACUUGAAAAACUGACAGAUGAGGAUGAUAUUGAACAUUUCCUGACAACAUUUGAAUGCAUGGCUCUAGUUUGCCGGUGGAAAAGAGCGGAUUGGGUUUUCCAUCUGAUUCCACUACUCACUGGUAAAGCAAGAGGUGCGUAUGUUCAUAUGGAUAUGGAUGACUCUCUGGAUUAUGAUAAAGUUAAAGAAGCUGUUCUUCAAAAGUAUGACAUCAAUCCUGAGACAUACAGAUUGAGAUUUCGAUCACUGGAAGUAAAACCAGAUGAGAAUCCAAAAGAACUGUAUGCAAGACUGAAAGAGUUGUACGGAAAGUGGGUGAUGCCAAAACAAAAAACUGUGCAUGAGGUCAGUGAAAUAAUCAUUUUGGAACAAUACUUAAGAAUGUUGUCUCCUGAGUUGCAGAUAUGGAUUAAAGAACAUAACCCAAAGUCUGCUGCAGAAGCUGCGCAGUUGGCUGAUGUGUUUGUGGCCGCACAGAGAAAGGGACAACCAUGGAGUCAAACAGCAUGGAAAAGGAGGGAGGUUUCAAAGCCUGUUCCUCACUACCAAAAGGCAGGGGUGAGUAAAACUCUAAAGACCCAGCCAUUGAAUGCACCAUCAAGAGCCCCAACCAAGACAGUGAUCUGUUAUCUGUGUGGGAUGGAAGGGCACACAAAACCAAUGUGCCCGCAAAACUCUACAAAUAUAACACAAAUGUGUUUUGUGCCCAGAAAAAGUGUGGACUCUAAAGUGCCGUUUGGCUUGAGGACGACCUCAAUUGAAGUUGAGGGUAAGCAAUUAAAGGCCCUCAUUGAUUCAGGAAGUACACAAACCCUGGUGCACAGAGACUUUGUUCCAGCAAAUAAAGUUAAUGUGGAAACAAUCCCUGUCCGCUGUGUUCACGGACAUGAGUUAUUAUAUCCAACAGCAGAGCUGUAUAUUAAAGUACAAGGCCAACUCUACCUUUUAAAUAUUGGUGUGGCUGAAAACUUGCCAUUUCCAGUAGUGUUGGGUCAAGAUCUGCCGGUGUUGUGUGAUUUAUUGAACUUUAACAAUAUGUGCAAUGCGGCAUUAACCAGAUCUCAGGCUAGUAAGAGGGAGGAGUUUCUGCAACCACUCUGUGCCUUACCUUUUUAUGAUGCGGACCUGGAGACCACGCCUGGGAAGUCUCGCAAGUCCCGCAGACAGCGACGGCAAGAGAAAUUUCAACACUCUGUUGUAGAACUAUCUUCUAGCUCUAAGCCUGCGUUACCUUUGGGGUUUAAAAUCCCUGCUAACAUAAUCGAAAUGCAACAUAGUGAUCCAGCUCUAACACCUUUAUUUCAGAAAGCAGAGGGAAACCAACAACCUGAACGAGGUUCAAAGAAGCUGGAGGAAUUUUUUUUGAAAGAUGGCAUCCUGUACCGUCAACAGGGGUCAGUGUUGCAGUUGGUGGUUCCCAGACCAGUCCAGAAGGUGGUGCUGUCCUUAGGACAUUCCAUUCCAUGGGCUGGCCAUCUUGGAAAGCACAAGACAAUGGCCCGCAUCAGAAAAUACUUUUACUGGCCUGGAAUACAAUCUGACGUGGCUCUCUUCUGCAAAGGCUGCCCUCAGUGCCAAAAGUCUUCUCUAAAAAUCCCCUCCAGAGCUCCUCUUCAGUCGUUACCAAUCAUCAACACGCCGUUUGAACGGCUGGGAAUGGACAUUGUUGGUCCCCUGGAAAAAAGUAAAUCAGGCAAUCGUUAUAUGCUUGUGAUUCUGGAUUAUGCUACAAAAUAUCCAGAGGUGUUUCCUUUGAAAUCAAUAAAAGCUAAAGCAGUUGCCUUCUGUCUCAUACAGCUCUUCUCACGAGUGGGGUUUCCUGCUGAGAUUCUUACUGACUGUGGAACUAACUUUCUGUCCACUCUGUUGAAGCAGGUGUACCAACUCCUCGGCAUUAGGAGCCUGAAGACCACUCCAUACCAUCCUCAGACAGAUGGCCUUACAGAGCGCUUCAAUCAGACUUUGAAACAGAUGUUAAGAAAGUUUGUCAACGAAACCGAUGCGGGAACGGCUGGAAAGGAUGACUGCAUUGGCCCAAGCUCACAAAGAGGAAGCACAGAAACAUCAGAAAAACUGGUAUGACCAGUCAGCUCGCCACAGGUCCUUCAGGCCUGGCCAGAAAGUGCUGGUGCUCCUUCCAAGUGCUGACAGUAAGCUGCUGGCAAAAUGGCAAGGCCCGUAUGAAAUCCAGAGCAGACUGGGACAAACAACCUACAAGAUUGCCAUUCCAGAUCAGCCCCGCUCCACCAGAGUACUUCAUGUCAACCUGCUUAAAGAAUGGGUGGAGAGACCAAAGGCAGAUGUUUUUCUUAUUCAGGAGGUUCUAGAGGAGGAGGAAGAGGAUACUCAAUAUCUGCCAAAACCCUCACCUCAGUUUCUAGACCUGAAUCACCUCUCUGAGGAAAAGCAAGCUCAGGUGAGAGAUCUUUGUAAACCAAACAUGUUCCAGGGAAAUCCUGGUAAAACAGAACUUGUCCAACAUGACAUUGUAUUAAAAAAUGGAGCUUCUGUGAGAAGACUGAGUUACAGAAUA